AUGCGGCUGGGCAAAAAGAAGGAGAAGUCGGAACCGGAAUUGGGAAGAGCGCAGACAGUAGAGGGCGUGGCCAGACUUAUCUGUUCUGCGAAGGGCUCGCACAAUGCACCGCUAAAAGUAUACAUCGAUGGCACUGAAUGGAAUGGUGUGAAAUUCUUCCAACUGUCGACGCAUUGGCAGACGCACGUGAAAACCUUCCCUGUGGCAACUUGCGGCGCGCCGUUGGCACCGCCUGAAACUUAA